UAGUCAGAUCAGACGAUCAUGGGGACUGAUCGAAUGAUUGCAAUUGUGGCCUGUCACCUCACCUCACCCCGUCCUCGUCUUUAUUGACUGUGUUUGACAUAAAAAAACUUAAGCAACAGCCAGGACCGAUCGGGAUCAGAAUUUUCGCCCUGUUCAAUUGAAUGUCAGAGUGUCGUUGGUUUGCUUUUAUCAAGGGUGAUGCGUAGUUUACUUAACGAAAGAAAGAAUAAAUACAAAAUAUAAUAGAGACUUAUAUUUGUGGCCACUUGCUCGGUGCCUGAUAUGCACGUGAAUCCAUAGUAAAUCCGUAAACUCAAUUUUCGUUUCAGACCCGUCGUUAGGAUCAGGCCAUUAAGCCGUAUACGUUGAUGCUCGGCGAAAACACGGUCACAAGAAUUUUUCGCGAAGUACACCAGUUCUUUUAACAAUUCGGCAACGUCUAUAUAGUAACGAAACUUACAAACUUUAGUCGGUGCCAAAAAUACGAAUUACUCCAGUUCAAAUAGUGCAAGUAAUAUGAGUAAAAAUAUUUGUUUUUUUUCGUACACAACCCCGAUACGGUGUGCGAGAAUUUAAGGUUAUUAGGAGUAAAACUUGCUUAACAACAGCUUCCUUUAUCUAUAUACUUUCGACUUUAUGUCCUUCGAGUUUUGGCUUUCUCACAAAGAAAACAUCAGAAAUGGCAUACACGAAGCCUGCGGCUAACGCUGUACAGACGAAGCCUGUUGAGGUCUCGCAAGAACUCCAGGAAGGCGAAAAGUUCGUCAAAUGGGACGAGGAUUCAGGAGUAGCAACCCCAGUCACUUUAAGGGUCGACAAGUUUGGCUUUUACCUGCAUUGGGUAGACCAGCACAACGAAAUGGAAGUGCUUGAUAUAGCCAUCAUAAGAGACACUCGAACUGGAAAAUAUGCGAAAAUACCAAAGGAUUCUAAAAUAAAAGGUUUCGUCUCAAUGGGUUCCCAAGAACUGCUAGAAGAUAAAACUGUUACGAUCUGUUAUGGAUCUGAUUUUGUGAAUAUGACGUUUUUAAAUUUUUGUUCGACUCGAGCAGAGAUUGCUCGUCAUUGGGCGGAUCAGAUUCUUCAACUGGCAUACAAUCUCACUCAACUCAACACAAGUACAAUUAUGUUCUUACAAAAGGCGCAUAUUCGACUCACAUUGAAUGUAGAUAAAUCUGGGAAAAUACCCUCAAAGAACAUUAUAAAGAUGUUUGCACAAAAUAAAGAUGACAAAAAGCGUGUGGAGAAGGCACUCGAAUCUUCUGGCAUUCCAUCUGGAAAGACCGAAGGGGUACCUCUUCAAAAAUUGCAAUUUGAGGAAUUCUUCAAUUUUUACAAAACUCUUACUCAGCGUACCGAGGUGGAGAACAUUUUUGAAGAAAUUAUUGGAAAUUCUAAACGCAAAUUGAUGUCCGUACCACAACUUGUCGACUUUCUAAACAAAACUCAAAGAGAUCCUCGGUUAAAUGAAAUCUUGUAUCCGUAUGCGAAUGCGGCUCGUGCGAAGGAUAUCAUCAAUGAAUAUGAACCAAAUAAAUAUAAUGCAAGCCGAGGUCAAUUAAGCUGUGAUGGUUUUUUGAGGUAUUUGAUGAGUGAAGAUAAUCCGAUUGUUGCUGUGUCCAAGUUCGAAUUGUCGGACGAUAUGGAUCAACCUCUUGCUCAUUACUUUAUCAAUUCUAGUCACAAUACGUACCUCACUGGUCAUCAACUUACUGGAAAGAGCUCUGUGGAAAUCUAUAGACAGUGUUUACUUGCCGGAUGUCGCUGCGUCGAACUCGACUUCUGGAAUGGAAAGUUCGAUGAGCCCGUCAUCGUUCAUGGAUACACAUUCGUACCGGAAAUAUAUGCUCGCGAUGUAAUAGAGGCAAUAGCUGAGAGUGCCUUUAAAACUUCAGAAUAUCCAGUCGUGCUCAGUUUCGAAAAUCACUGUAAUCCAAGGCAGCAGGCAAAAAUCGCCCAAUAUUGUAGAGAGUUCUUUGGCGAAAUGCUCUUGGAGGCUCCGCUUGAAUCUCAUAAGUUGGAACCUGGCCAACAACUUCCACCUCCAUCAUUACUAAAGAGGAAGAUAAUUAUAAAGAAUAAAAAAAAGCAUCACCACCAUCAUCAUCAUAAGAAACAUCAUAAAAGUCAACAGGCUCAAGCUCAAUGUAUCAACGAAGAAAAACAGGAACUGGAAAACAUUGGUAUCGUAAAUCAAGCUCGAGAAAAUGGUCCUCCGCCUGACAUUAUUCCACAGAACGAGGUUGUUGAAGGUGUUGUUGUUACUAAUAACAGUGAAGUCCAAAUGUGUACUGAAGAAAUUCCACAUGCGCUGAUGCUACAACAACGGCAGGGUAGUAAAGAUAGCACACAAGAUGAUGAGGAUGACGAAGACGACUCUAGUUCGGAGGAGGAAGAAUCCAACUUGGAGGGCGAGAAAGUCGUUGUACCAGAUAAAGACGUACCCUCAGCUAAAGAGACGGAAGCUGGAGCGGAGAUUUCAGCACUAGUUAAUUACGUCCAACCCGUGCACUUUAGUAGCUUCGAAUCAGCUGAAAAGAAAAAUCGAAUGUACGAAAUGUCUUCAUUCGACGAGAAGCAAGCAACGACGUUGUUGAAGGAGCGGCCGCUAGAGUUUGUCAACUACAACAAGCAUCAGCUCUCGCGAGUUUACCCGGCGGGCACGCGGUUCGAUUCCAGCAACUUCAUGCCACAGGUGUUCUGGAAUGCUGGCUGCCAGCUAGUCGCCUUGAACUACCAGACACUGGACCUUGCGAUGCAACUCAAUCUGGGGAUCUUCGAGUAUAAUCAGCGUUGCGGUUACCUGCUGAAACCUGAGUUUAUGAGGCGAAAAGAUCGUCGAUUGGACCCUUUUGCGGAAUCUACAGUCGAUGGGAUUAUAGCUGGAACUGUUCAUAUACAUGUCAUAUCCGCGCAGUUCCUGAGCGAUAAAAGGGUGGGAACUUACGUGGAAGUUGAUAUGUAUGGCUUACCUGCUGACACUGUGCGAAAGAAGUUCCGGACGAAGAUCGUGACGAAUAAUGGAAUCAAUCCAAUUUACGACGAGGAACCGUUUGUGUUUAAAAAGGUCGUGUUACCAGAUCUUGCAUCCAUUCGAAUAGCAGCCUACGAAGAAUCGGGAAAGAUGAUUGGUCACAGAGUGCUUCCUGUGGUUGGUCUCUGUCCCGGUUACCGUCACGUCGCUCUUAGAAAUGAAUGUGGACAGCCUCUUCCAUUAGCAAAUUUAUUCUUGCAUGUCAUUGUAAAGGAUUAUGUACCUGAUGGUCUCAGCGACUUCGCCGAAGCGUUGGCCAAUCCUAUCAAAUACCAAAGUGAACUAGAAAAGCGCGAGAAGCAACUAGCGGUCUUGACGGAUGAUAUGGAGGAACCCUGUGAAGGCGAAGAGGAGGGUAAAGGUAAAACUAGCGGUAGUGGUGUUCCGAGCUCUUCUAAGCCCGUUGAUGAGGGGCUCAAAUCUAAGAGGAUGCACUCGGUAGGAGAAAUGCCAGCUGGUUCGCUGCCAUCUACGGGAAGUCCACAUGGAAGACCUUCGAUAUGUGCAAUAAAUACUGCAGAAUCCCAAGACAUGGAUGAUGGAGAAGCUUGUCUAAUGAAUACUCCGUUAGUCGAUACAUCAGCGAAUAAAAGUCCAAUAAAUUCGAGUAGCAUGACCGAAGAGAUUAAAGCGGAAUCUCUGCAGAAGUUGAUGGAGAACAAACUCGUGAAAGAGAAGAAGAUGGAGCUGGAAAAGAAAUUAGAGUCUUUAAGGAAGAAACAUGAAAAGGAGAAAAUAAGGUUACAAUCACAGAAGGGUUCUAUUGACGGAGAGAAACACAAAUCGAAAUUCUACAUGAGUCAGAAGCUGGUGAAGCGUUUGUCAAGUAAAAAUAUUUUCUCUAGUGAAGUUGGUCUAAGCAAUAUAGCGCUUGCUGAAACGUCCGAAUGUUCAGAAGAAACUCGUGAGACAGCUGAAGGAAUACCAAGAGGACUUCCUAGAAGCCAAAGUGAGCGGUUGUUGGCUGUUUAUAAGGAGCACGUGCUUCAAGAGCGCGAACUUCAAGAAAAAUAUUACGAGGUCGUAUUUGUAACGUUAGAAAAAGUUAUGAAAUCUUCCCAGUCUAAUCAGCUGAAGACAUUGAAGGUUAUGUUAGAUCGGGAAACUGCUGAUGUUAUGAGGAAACUUCAAACAAUGAGACAUGGAGAGGUAAAAAAUUUAGCAAAGAUUCACAAGGAUAAAGCCGAGUUCGACCGCAUGAAGAGGGAAGUAGCGAAAUCAACAGUCGAAAAGGGUGUAAACGAAUGCACAAGACUGACAACAAUUUACGAAAAGAAGAGAUCAGAGCUUGAAAGGCAACAUGAAGAAGUUCGGCAGAGGGUUGAGGAAGAAAAAUCUAAGGUUAGAGCCGCUUUGAAAGCUGAGUACCACAACCGGUGCAGCAAAUUUGAAAUCGAGGAACAGCAUUUAUCUCCAACGGGUGAAAGCAGUGUUUCGGAAGAAUUGAGUGGGGCAAAUUAUUAAGAAAUUGUGGAAGUCAAUCGUGCAUUGAUUAGGCUUUAGUUUCGCAGGGAUAAGCAUAGUCUAAAUACAUGCUCUUAGCUCAAAGUAGCAGGGACUAAUUUUGCGGCAGUGGGUCGGGGUGAAUUGUCGGGGAACCUAAUUACAUUAAAUUAUCCACAAAAGUAGAAUUUGUGUCGAAGAUUCACUCCUUUGGCAGAGGUGUCAGUAGAACAUGAUUCAGAUUCCGUCAGUGACUUUUGAAAAAGAUUUUUCUUCUUUACUGGCAGAUUUUUCGAGGUUUUAAAAUGAACCUCCUUGUUCGUGAACAAAUAAAAUAAGUUUCUGUCUAACAUUCCGAACUCUCGAAUAACGUAACCAAAGGUGGCAUGCGCAUUAGCAUUGUAGUUCGACGUUUAUUGAAUGAACAUUCGUUUUAUUUUGCACAGCAUUAUAUUAAUCUAACACAUUAUUUAAGAAAUAUAGGUCCAGACAAAUCUAAAUUAUUAGAUUCUAACACCUUGUUAAAGAUUGCGAAUUGAUUGUUUAGUAAAAAAAAAUGAAUAGAGUCUCCUUUAUUACACGGGAUGUAAUUCUAAGUAUGUGUAAACUGUUUUAGCUCUAACUAUUAACCUUGUUGUUAUAUACAUAAGGCGUUAUUAACCGAUCGAUCAGUGUCGAUCGCACUCGCGUUUUGAAUUGAGUUAUCGUUGGUAAUCACGCAAUUCAAUUUGUGUAAAAUACUUUUCUGCGAAUCGCAUUGGCCUAGAGGAACAAGGGUGUUGAGAAAUAUGUUUUCAGAUACAUGCUAAAAUUCAACGCCUAAUAAUAAUUGAUAUUGGAUUGAAAGUAAUUCGUGAAAUGAAUCUUCGCCUUUCCGAAUUAUACAAAACUAUAAACUGACGAAGAACAAAAAAUGAGGAAACGCAGUUAUAGGAAUUUGGUCAACUUACUGUCGAGGAUUUUAAGACAAAUUCCAGCAUUGUUUAAAUUGGUAGCACACAAAGACGUUUGGGAUCCCAACAAUCCUGGUUAAAUAACCUCUUUGAGAAGACAAUCAAAAUUGUUACCCGGAAAUUUGAUGGUAACAUUUUCCUGAUUAUUUCUAAUCUUGUAAGAAGGAUAUCUAUAAUUAUUUUAAAG